GAGGGUGGAGGGAAAGGGAGUGAGUGAGGGAGAGCUGAUUAGAUUGGAGAGAGCCAAGGAGGUACGGCUAUACUAUUGAGCAUGGGGAGAGGCAGCAGGGAGGGUGACUAAGUGAAUGCAGUUUGCCGUUGAAUCACGGCUGAAUUCACAGACGAGACCAGAGACUGGAGCUAAAUCAACACAUGGAAACAGAGAAACUGGAUGUACACUGGAUGUAUGGGGAGAAGGAGGGACGGAGGAAGAGUCUGCCCUGAUGUGCUUUUAUCUCUGCAUCAGAUACAACUGUGUGAAAUCCACAGGGCGACAAGGGAAAAUAGCAGACAAGUCAUUUUGGAGCUGUGAGCCGCAUCAGAGUCAACCGUGGGACUGGCUGGGAUUUGGACUAUGAGCGCAUGCCGGUGUGAGUCAGUGUGUGUAAGCUGAUAAUAGCAUCUCCAUUGGUAUUCAGCGGAGGGAGCUCCAGGAUCUCGCUGCGCCUUUCCUCAGAAUGGGAUCACAGAGCAGGGAUUGUGCUUGUCUGAGGAAAGCUCGCUGAAAUGGGUCUGAAACCUUGCAGAGAUGGACACCAAACAGGCUGCACGGGAGCACACCAAUCAGCAGCUAGCUUUCCCCACCUGUCUGCCUCUGCCGUCUCCUCCCACAAUCAUUCCAGUGAGGGCUGAGCCUCCAGAGCUGAGGCAGGGCUAGCCAGGAGCCGCCUGCAGGAGCUCAGACACAUUCCCGUUUGUAGUGGACCUAAUACAAGCCUGUAUGUUAAGCAUACAAUUAAGCUCACUAGAAUGUGUCAGAACUGAAAUAUCCUGCAGUGAUGCUUGAGCAAUUGUACACAGGGACUCGUAUGGAUUUGUCAACCGGAAAUCCUUCUAAGAUUACAAGACUUUGGUUUCACACCUCAGAGCGGGGUCAUUUUUUUUCCCAGAUAACUUUGUGGGCAAAAGCGAGUAAUUGAAAAUCCACCCUCGGGAGCCUGUCUUAUAAAAUUCUUGGUGGGGGAGAAUGGAUUUUUCUCUUUUUUCUUCUUUAAAGGAACAAUUUCAAAAUGCCCCGUUUAUCCAGAAUUUCCUUCUCUUUCCUUUUCAUUAAGUCUUUCUCUCAUUGUAGGGGAAAUGUAUUGUGAAGCAGCACAAUUUCUCUUUAUCCCCUCUCAGUGAAAGAAAAAGAAGAGGGACAGGGAGUCCAGCAUUGAUAACAAGCAGGGAGAAAAAAAUAGGUCACAAAGCACAUUAUCGAGAAGAAAAAGAAGCACUGAAGCUCAAAAAACUUUAAAGUACCUUGAUAUGUCCUAUUGUAGACCAGAGUCUCUUCGUAUUUUGUCAGUGUUGUCUGAGCAGGGGCAGGGUUCAGGAUUCCACCUGGAGGGGGGACUUAAGCAGUAAGUGAUGGUCAUGUCCUCUCUGCACCUGCCUGCUUUGCAUUUCAGUUCUUGAGAAGCAGACGAUCUGAAGCAUGGCCCGGUAGACAGACGGCUGCACCGAAUGACAGACAAGCUCUCAGGCUGAAAGUCAGACAGAAAAGACGAGCAGACAGCCAGGCAGUCAGCCAGCGCUACUGCUGCAGAACUUGUGAGGUUUAUUGUCAUUCUGCACAGUGUGAGGAAAGGCAAAAGAAGAAGAGGUGGAAAGAAGAGACAGAAGGAGAGUGGCUGUGUCUGUUUCUUCUGGUGACUCGCUUCAUCUGCAUCCACAGCGGCUGGUUACCUAAAAAAACAAGCGAGCAGGGAGAGGGUUUUUACUAGAAACCAGAGGAUUUACAGGUUGGAGAGAAACAGAGGGGGAGAGCAGGUGUCGGAAAUCCUCCCCUUCAUCUGCUUGUCAUUUACUCCUUUAUGCUCUCUCGUCGUGUGGCACAGUGAUUGAUUUUCUGCGGCUGGCGCCCCUUUUCCUGUAGGCUCUCUGCAGUCCCAGACAAAACAAUAGACAAGGAAAAUAGAGGAAAGAAGGGCAAAGGUGGAGCCCCUGACUGCUUUAAAAAAAAGUUUUUUACUGUCUUCAUUUUCCUGAUUGUCAAGAUGGCCACUUGAUGUUUUUUCUUGAAGUUAAGAAGAACCUAAUCUGCUUGAACUGACUUCAUCGUCCACCACUGGCCAACACGGAUUAAUUGUUUUCCCUCUACAAUUCAGUUACUGGAUUCCUUCUCUGUGUACAUUUUUGCCCCAAAAGAACAAGAGUGUAAAUUUUUCUGACCCUCCCUCUCACCCCGACAACCUCCUCCGCCUUUUGAAGAGGUGCUAGAACUUGUGGUCUCAGAUCUCGGUACCUGUGUUGCUUCACGGCCACAGCCACAGCAUGGCCCAUCCCUUCUGAUACCGUCUGAAUCAUUCUGUGGCGGUACAGGCAGCCAGCAGACCGUUCUCCAUGAGGAGCAGUAGAAGAUGCCGGCUCUGCCAGCACUGCUGCUGUCAAUACACUUGUCUUUCCUGCUAAUCACCAUGCCGCCACGCUCCCUCAGUCAGGCACCUCUUCUCUCCUCUGUCCGCAUGGCGGCAAUCCUGGAUGACCAGUCUGUGUGUGGGCGAGGCGAACGGUUGGCGCUGGCUUUGGCCAGGGAGAACAUCAACAGUGUGAUGGAGGGUCCGGCCCGUGCCCGUGUGGAGGUGGACAUAUAUGAGCUGCAGAAAGACUCUCAGUACGACACUACGGACACCAUGUGUCAGAUUCUACCCAAAGGUGUCGUCUCCGUGAUCGGUCCUGCCUCCAGCCCCGCCUCUGGGUCAACAGUCAGCCAUAUAUGUGGUGAGAAAGAGAUUCCUCAUGUAAAAAUUGGUCCAGAGGAAACUCCCCGCUUGCCAUACCUACGCUUCGCCUCUGUCACCUUAUAUCCCAGCAACGAGGACCUGAGUUUGGCCAUUGGGGCCAUCUUGCGCUCGUUCAGCUACCCCUCUGCCAGCCUGGUCUGCGCAAAGGCUGAGUGCCUGCUGAGACUGGAAGAACUGGUCCGGCGUUUUCUCAUCUCACGAGAGACGCUAUCAGUCAGGAUGCUUGAUGACAACCUGGACCCCACGCCGCUCCUUAAGGAGAUCCGUGACGACAAAGUAGCCACCAUCAUCAUAGACGCCAAUGCUUCUGUGUCCUAUCUCAUACUGAAAAAGGCGUCAGAGCUGGGGAUGACAUCAGCUUUUUAUAAGUACAUCCUCACCACCAUGGACUUUCCUCUCUUGAGGCUUGAUGACAUAGUGGAUGAGCAAUCCAACAUAGUUGGUUUCUCCAUGUUUAACACCACACACCCCUUCUACCUGGAGUUCAUCAGGAGCCUGAACCUCUCCUGGAGAGAAGGCUGUGAUCUAACGUACCCCGGGCCUGCGCUCUCCUCUGCGCUGAUGUUUGAUGCGGUGCACGUGGUGGUGGGGGCGGUGAGGGAAUUGAACCGCAGCCAGGAAAUUGGAGUGAAGCCACUGAGCUGCACCUCACCUCAGAUCUGGCAACAUGGGACCAGCCUCAUGAACUAUCUGCGAAUGGUGGAAUACGAUGGCCUGACAGGGCGCGUGGAGUUCAACAGCAAAGGUCAAAGGACCAACUACACCCUGCGGAUCCUGGAGAAACACAGAGGAGGCCACAAAGAGAUCGGGAUCUGGUAUUCCAACAACACUUUAGCAAUGAACUCCACCAGCCUGGAUAUUAAUGUCUCAGAAACGCUGGCAAACAAGACCCUCAUUGUCACAACAAUUCUGGAAAAUCCGUAUGUGAUGCGUAAAGACAAUUAUCAAGAUUUCCAGGGCAACGACCAGUACGAGGGCUUCUGUGUGGACAUGCUGAGGGAGCUGGCAGACAUCUUGAAAUUCUCCUUCAAGAUCAAGCUGGUGGAUGAUGGGCUGUAUGGGGCCCCCGAGCCCAAUGGUUCAUGGACUGGCAUGGUUGGAGAGCUAAUCAACAGGAAAGCAGACCUGGCUGUGGCGGCCUUCACCAUCACAUCAGAAAGAGAGAAAGUUAUCGACUUUUCUAAGCCCUUCAUGACCCUGGGGAUCAGCAUCUUGUACAGAGUUCAACUGGGCCGGAAGCCAGGUUACUUCUCCUUCCUCGAUCCUUUCUCUCCAGCUGUCUGGCUCUUUAUGCUGCUCGCCUACCUGGCAGUCAGCUGUGUGCUUUUCCUGGCAGCAAGGCUAAGUCCAUACGAGUGGUACAACCCUCACCCAUGUAUGCGAGAGCGCAGAGACAUGCUGGAGAACCAGUACACCCUUGGAAACAGCCUGUGGUUUCCUGUUGGAGGCUUCAUGCAGCAAGGAUCAGAGAUAAUGCCCAGAGCCUUGUCCACCAGAUGCGUCAGUGGUGUGUGGUGGGCAUUCACUCUCAUCAUCAUCUCCUCUUACACGGCCAAUCUGGCGGCCUUUCUGACCGUUCAGAGGAUGGAGGCUCCCAUCGAGUCUCCAGACGAUCUGGCUGACCAGACCAACAUUGAGUACGGGACCAUUCAUGGGGGGAGCACCAUGACCUUCUUCAUGAAUUCACGUUAUCAGACAUACCAGCGGAUGUGGAACUACAUGUACUCUAAGCAGCCCAGUGUGUUUGUGAAAAGCACAGAGGAGGGAAUCGCCCGUGUACUCAACUCCAAGUAUGCCUUUCUGAUGGAGAGCACUAUGAAUGAGUACCAUCGCGGCCUCAACUGUAACCUCACGCAGAUAGGAGGCCUGCUGGACACCAAGGGCUACGGCAUCGGCAUGCCACUGGGAUCUCCAUUCCGAGAUGAGAUCACUCUGGCCAUCCUCCAGCUGCAGGAGAAUAACAGGCUGGAGAUACUGAAAAGGAGGUGGUGGGAGGGAAGCCAAUGUCUCAAAGAGGAGGACCACCGUGCCAAGGGUCUAGGGAUGGAGAACAUUGGGGGCAUUUUUGUGGUGCUGAUCUGCGGCCUCAUCAUCGCCGUUUUUGUGGCUAUUAUGGAGUUUGUGUGGUCGACGCGCCGCUCAGCAGAGACUGAUGAGGUAUGCCCCCAUACCUGCCCUCGCCGACCCCACAGACACUCCCCAGUGUCUGUCUGUCAGGAAAUGAUCACAGAGCUGCGAAACGUCGUCUCCUGUAGGAAGAGUUCCCGUAUGCGCCGGCGGCGGCCUCUGAACAGCUCAACAGUAUUGCGCCAUCCCACCCGUGUCGCUCUGGGAGCCCCCCGACCCCUGCGCCUGGUCCGGGAGAUGCGGCUCAGCAACGGCAAGCUGUAUAGUGGAGCUGGCCCUCUGACAGGAGGAUCGGGAGAGGCAGGGACUGAUCUGGGUCCUGGACCACAACGGAUCCUUGAUGAUCCACUAGGUGCCAAUACAACCCCGCCUCCACCUGCCCCCACCCCUGUGUUGCUGCCCAGCCGCAGCUGCACCCAUGUGCGGAUCUGCCAGGAAUGCAGACGGAUUCAGAGUUUGCGGUCAGGCAGCAGUAUAGGGUCAACUUCAACAAAAAUACCACCUUCAUCUGCCCCCUUGCCCCGGCUACCUCCACCCCCACUCCCAUCCUCAUCCAACACAGACAGUGAGGGUGGAGGGGGGCCCAGCCCCAGGCGACGGCAUCACAGCCCUCCACUUCAUACUCCUCAGCCCCUUCCCCCUCCACAGAGCAGCGCCAACACAGACCUGCUGGGGGACCAGGACUGAACGUAGAAGAGGCUGGGUGGGGGGGCGAUGAGCGAUGUCACUGUGGGACACUCGUGCUGCUAUAAAACCUGUAUUUCCACAGAAUAAUUAAAGCUUUUCAGUGAGGUGAAAAACAUUAAUCACUGUUGGAAAUGAAUACAUGGGACAGGACCGUUUCUGUUGUGGAUCAGAGUUCUGCAGAUCCUGAACUCACUUGGAUGGUCUGCAGUUAAACCUCUGACAGCAUCUCCGAGGAAAGGUUCAGUUUGAAUAAACUGAAGUGGAAUUGCACAUGACCAAAGGAUGCUGUCCUUUGGCUUUUUACUGCUGUCUGACUUCACUUUCAGACUUGAAUGCGCCAGUUUUCUUCCACUGACACUUCCUGGAAGCCAACUGGCCCUUUGGUAAGAAGAAUUCGUCUUGCUGGAGGUCAUACUAUGUUUGUAUGUGAUUAAAAAAACAGCAACUAAAAAGACUUCCUGAGAGUUAUUUCCUGUUUGAUUUAUUUUGUUGUCUUUGGUUUGUUACUAUUGUUCUAAGUGGGAAAUAAAUACAGAGUAUGUGUAACACAAUGGUGGAUUAUAUCAUGACUACAGCUCAUUGUGUUCAGGAGUUUUGUGUCCCUCCCCCUAACCCAGAGCAGCUGUGACAGAAUCAGGGAAAUUUGAUUAAGUGACAGCAAAGUUCACAUUGUUGCAGGAAAGAAGAAGCCGGCUAUAACAUUUGUUUGCCUUGCAAUUCUGCGUCGAACUUCUAAAUUAAGAAUCAUGUUCUCUACUGCAGCACCCAUCUAACAACGUUAGAUAGCCAGAAAGCCACAAAAAGGAAGGCAUAACUACUGUAGCAAUAAAAAUGUAAAAUUAAUGCCCCUCGUUAUCCAGAGUAAGGCUCGUCAAGCCUUUCUGCUCUUUUUUUCCCUCUCCUCUGUUCGCACAGUGAAGGGAAGACUGAGAAACUGGGUGAGCCAGAGGGGCAAGGAGGCGUAGAACUGAGAGAAGAUGGAAAGAGUCAGUGAAUUUGAAUGAGAAAUCCUAGCCUGAACUAUUUCCAUUAUUAGAUCUGUCCUGAUCUGUUAAUUCUGGGCAUCUUUUAAGGGCCUUUAUGCGCCAACAGGCUGAAGCUGUGGCCCCCCCACUCAAGGCUCACUGUUCACCAGACUGAUCUGGCUGUCCACAGAGCUAACUCCUGGGCAGAAUGAAAGGGAAACACAGCCUAGUCGAUGCUGUCUGAAGCUUUUGAUCGUUUAUUUAUUAUCCUUACUGUCUUGGGAUUUACUCAAGAAAAGGACGGAUGACGGUGCUGAUGAAAGAGAUCCUAGAACAAAUAGCCCCUUUUUUUUCCACCCCGGCUGCAAAGGAAAUGUCAGUUUAAUUAUGUUUCUACUUUGCUACUCAGUGGUGUUUUGAAAUCCAGCCAACACUAUCUGGAAUUUAUAAAACAUGCAGGAACGAGCUGCAGUUAUGAAGCCAACUGCCGGAGACAGUUUUGGUCUGUGCCUCGAUGCAGAAUACCUCUAAUCUAGCGAGGCACUGAGAAAGGAGCAUUUAGAACUUUCUGGUGUGGAGAUGGUUUCAAGUUUGGUGUUUGCAUUCAAGACAGGGUUUCUGUGGAUCAAAUAUUUCCCGCAGCACAGUUUACAUGCUUGAUUAGCUUUAGGUUUGGGAGCCUGUGUCUAUGCCUCAUUCCUCUUUUUGUGCCCUUCAAGCGUUUUCCUAAAGAGAUUCUACAAUGCACAAGGGUGCGGUUUCCAUUUUAAGGUGUAUUUGCUGUGAUAGAAGGCUAUUACCACAGUAGGAGUGCUUCUUAUUCAACAAUGUUCCCGGUACAUCACAAAAAAAGCAUCAACUUUAAUGGAUCAGGCCAAUCUUUCCUGGCAGAAAAUUGUUAUGUAAAGACCAGAACUCGUUGGUGCUGCUAAUGUCAUGUCACUGAUUAUCAUUUUUCAAAGGGUAUGAAAACUUUUGGUACUCCCUUCCAUCUUCAAGCAGCCACCGUUUCCUACACCACAUGCCCAAUGAGCAUCCCCUUUAUUUAAUCAUUGUAUAACAUCAAUCCCCAGAAAAAUAUUGAAUUGAGAAGCCAAUACAUUUUUAAUGUGACAGAUGCACUACUAAGGUCAAAGCUAGAUUUAUUUUAGUUUUUUUUUACUAGUCUCAGAGACACCCUCAAUUUUAAUAGGACUUAUCUGUGCCUGAAAAUAGUCCCUUUCAAUAUAUUAAAUUAUUACCAUGUCUGUAAUAUCUGCUGAAAUUUGAUGUACCCAGCUGUUUUAAUUUCAUCUUUUUAAAUGGAACUACACUUUCGUCUGAUUUAAAGAAGUGCUUUCAGUGAUAACAUCUUUCCUCUUUCAAUAUUAGCUUCUGAGCCGCUCAAUCAUCUCAUUCAUGCAAAUGCAGUUUGCUGCUCUUUUUGUCUGCGAAGAAGUGAAACUGAUCACUUUAAUGUUUGUUGAAAUUUGAUAAUUAUAUAGAUACAGUUCAGAAACCAGCAGCUUUUCAGCAGCUUUUAAAAAGAGUGUUUGCCGGUGAGACAUGUUUCACAAAUCUCAUUAUCUUAAAAUUCAUGCACAUGCAUGCGCUUGAUCUCCACUAUAAAAGAUUCUGAGUUUGGAUGGAAUGAUUCAGAAAAAAAAACGAAAAAGAAAAGGAUUUUGAAUUAGAGGUCAAAAAAGUUUUAGGGGAAAUCGUGAUGAGUGUGGAGGAGAGACCGGAUUCCACACUAAUAAGUAGAAUGAUCUGAAUGAAGCCUCGUGGUUUUAUAAAAAAUUAUCAAGGUGAAAAAGAUAGAUGCACAGAUGGAACAUGGUCUGCUUUUUUUGUUUUUGUUUUUUGAUAUUAGUGGCUUAAAGCGAUGCAUGAGCCAGCUAUCAGCUUAGUCAGAGGUCAGUCAGCAAGAUCUCAGAAUACUCCACAUCCCAUUUACAGCAUCUUCCAUCCCUGCAGAGAUUCAUCCAAUCAUUAGCUGAAGUAACUUUAAGCACAUGCUGUUAAAUGGUCAAUAAAAAACUAGAUUACUCUAACCUUUCUGUUGAUUGUGUUUUUGUCAAAUCGCCUCCCACGUCUCAUUAACAUUAUAUACCCAUGAUUUUCAUUCAUGUGCAUAAUUUAACCACCCAGCAGGGGGCAGCCUAGACCGGUGUUCAUGCUGCCUGUCAAAUUGCUGCUGUUUUUUCGUUCAAUACCACUGCAGGUGGGUGACUCAUUGCUGGUGAAGCCUGUUUGUCAUUAAGUUUCCUGACUUUUCACAUCUGAGAACUGCUUCUCAGAAAAGCCACUCCUCUUCAAAUAUCUAUUUUGUUUUGGAAGGAGAGAAUUCUGGGUUACCUUUCCCUUCAGGAAAUCCCUGAUUUAGUUUAGGGUGCUACCUUUUCUGUUCUAAAAAAAAAGGUACCUAAACUGUAUCAUAUCAGUACUUCACUUCUCAUCCACCAGCACACAAAGAAACUGUGAAAAAGCUGUGAUAACAAUACCACUGUACUGUUGAGUUUAUUGUGCAUUUUGCAGCACAGUAUAUUUGUUGACACCUUUGUGCCACAUAAUGAGUGAAAGCAUUGUUUGCACAUGUUUGGCUUUUUGUCUGGAUGUCAGACCGGCUGCAUUUGAAGCUUCUCUUUCUGUUUACUUUUCUCUUUUUGUUCAGGGUGCUGACGAGACAAAACCAGUCUCUUUCCCAAGCCGCCACAGCACAGAGGUGCACAAACAAUAGCCGACUUAUCAAUCAUAUCUCUAUCCCUGAGUAUUUUAGUGUGAAAGCUUAACAGUUUUUGUGCUGCGUCUUUAACACUUCUUUAGAUUUAUGUAAAUUCCUCAAAGCUUCUGUGGCAUAAAGACACAUAUUAAAGAGGAUGUCUGCAGCUUUACGCCACAGGUUCAAAGUGCUGAAGAGUGGCAAAAUGUUACUGAUAAGAAGAAAGAGACGAAAACUCACAAAAGACAAACCGGUGUUGGUUUUAACUAAUGACGGAGGGGGACGGUCACAAAACGAUUGAAGUUGAGUGUCUGAUCCGUUAUUCACCCAAGCAAACACAUCGGUUUCCUUUAGUUAUUUUCUGUUAUAUUUUCAUAUUUCUAUGAUAGUGCUAAAUGGAUUGUUUAACUUGAUGAAUAUUAUAAGAAAUUGUUAUUAUUGCUAUUAAAGAGCUGAAGGCUCUGCUGUGUGCUUGUGGGUGAAAAGUUGGAGAAGGGGGUGUUGAACCGCUGAUUUUCAGAGAGGACGACCUGUUUGAACCUGAAGAUAAAGUUGUUUUUUAAAUAAAAACUUGAACAUUG